ACCAACAAUCUCGACCACCUUGGAAAACCCAAAACCUCGACCACAACAAUGGAGAAUCCAAGAAAAUCUCCUCCUACUUCUCCUCCACCUCCGCCUCACGUGCUCAUAUUCCCCUUGCCACUUCAAGGCCCCGUCAACUCCAUGCUCAAACUCGCCGAGAUUUUCUGCCUCCACGCCAGCAUCCACGUCACCUUCCUCAACACCCACCACGUCCACCGCCGCCUCUUGACCUUCUCCGACGCCGGCGACCGCUUCGCCAAGUACCCAAAUUUCCGCUUUGCCACGCUCCCCGACGGCCUCCCGGAGGAGAACCCUAGGACCGGAGACCAAAUCUUGGAGCUCAUAGAGUGUAUAGAGAAAUUCACCAGCCCGCUAUUCCGGGAGAUGCUCACCGCCGGCGCCGGCCUCCACAGCCCCGCCACCUGCCUUCUCGUCGACGGAAUAUUCACGUUCGCCGUCGAUGUCGCCCGGGAAAUCGGAGUCCCACUUCUCUAUUUUGACACGAUUAGCCCUUGUGGCCUUUGGAGUUACAUGUGUGUCCCUAAACUCAUUGAAGCCGGAGAGCUUCCCUUCCCAGGAAAUGAUUUGGAUUCCCCAAUAAAUAGUGCGCCAGGAUUCGGCGGCAUCCUACGCCGCAGGGACAUGCCCAGCUUGUGUCGGGCCGAGGACAUCAACGACCCAAUAAUCCAGCUUGUUCUCAAGGAGGACAAACAUCUCCCCCAAGCCCAAGGCCUAAUUUUCAACACAUUUCUAGGCCUCGAAGGGCCCAUUCUUGCGCAGUUCCGGGACGUGGUCUGCCCCAACAUCUAUGCCGUUGGCCCGCUCCACUCCCACCUUAAGACCCGGCUUGCUGAGGGCGGGAGAAAUAAAUCACGGGAUGUGCAACAGCUUGCUUGGCUUGCUGAGGGUGACGAAGAUAAAUCGCGGGAUGUCCAACAAUCAGCUGGAAUUGCUGAAGGUGGAGGAGAUAAAUUGCGGGAUGUGUUGCAGCCGGCUUCUAAUAGCUUGUGGAGGGAGGAUGAGAGGUGCAUAGAGUGGCUUGAUAGGCAGGUGGAGAGGUCGGUGUUGUAUGUUAGCAUUGGAAGCAUGGCGGUCAUUAGUAGAGAUCGCCUCAUGGAGUUGUGGUAUGGGUUGGUGAAUAGUGGGACUCGUUUUCUUUGGGUGCAAAGGCCAGGCUCGGUGAUGGGUGGGGGAAGGGAUGACGAGGACGUUCCAGAGGAGUUGAUCCAAGGGACAGAAAAAAGGGGGUGUAUUGUGGACUGGGCUCCUCAAGAAAAGGUUCUGGCUCACUCUUCUGUUGGCGGAUUCUUAACGCAUGGUGGGUGGAAUUCAACUUUGGAGAGUAUAGUGGAAGGGGUGCCUAUGAUUUGUUGGCCAUAUUUUGUUGACCAACAUGUCAACAGUAGGUUUGUGGGGGAGGUUUGGAAAGUAGGGUUAGACAUGAAGGACUUGUAUGAUAGAGGUAGCAUUGAGAGGAUGAUUAGGGAUCUAAUGGAGGAUAAGAAAGAUGAGUUUUUGAAAAGGGCAAGUGAAAUGGCAUAUUUGGCCAAACAAAGCGUUGGACGAAGUGGCUCUUCGUACCAAGACUUGGAUCGCCUUAUUGAGGAUAUUAGGUUGAUGAGAAUAGGAUCAUAAGGUGUCUAUAUAGACAACUCAAUUGGUUCUCGGGUGACAAAUUGUGGGCAACAGAAAUAGAAUCAUAGGAUAGAUCAUCAUUACAUUGGCAUUCUAAGCCCUAUCACACUUUCAAUCAUUAUUUAUGUAUGGUUUGUCAAGAAUUAAUUUGUCUCAAUGGCCUAAUAGACAAUCUUAAUCUUAAUAUUUCUUCUCAAAAA